AGUUGGUGAGAAAAAUAUGUUAAUGUGAAUCAAAAGUUAUAAUUAAUUAAUUUUUGAAUGAAAUUUGACUUAAUUUAAGUCUAAUUUUGUGAUAUUAAAGUGUACAUGUUUAUUUAAAUUUGGUUGAAACCGUUGAAACGUUUUUAAAUCAAUAAAGAAGUGGAUUGUUGACAUUUUAACAAUAAAAAGGUGUUUUUGUCUUCAAAUUAAGUGAGUAAUAGUGAAAAAUGGCAUUGAGUGUCUUUGAUGAUGCAUCUUUCCUAGUUUAGUAUAACUAGUAAAUAAGAAACCGGAAUUUUGUUUGUGAAAAAUUUGAGGUUAUGGUUGCCGGUUAAGCGUCUUAUUUAUUCAAACACCAGUCAAAGUUGUGAAAAUGGAGGAGGACGACGCUAUGGACAUCGAUGAGACAAUCUCCAGCGCCCAGAUAAUCAUCCGGGAAUCGACGGGAGUGCAAAUAAUCGGGGGCCCCACAAGCCUGGACUCUAAAACGGAGGAGAGCGCUCCUAAAGACCAACCCUCGAAAAACCCCGACGUUGUCGUACUAGACGACGAUGAGGAAGAGCCUGUUCCGUCAAAAAAGCCAAAAAAGCCUGAAGAGGACGUCGAGGUGAUAGACCUAGUGGAAAAAUCCGUCAACAGCAAAUGUAUCAAUUACGCGUGCAAGAGCGGCAAAGACUUGCUAGUGGCCCCCAACUUGUGUCUCAGCUACUACCGUGUGAAAAAUUCGGGUAAGGGGAACAAAGAAGUGUGUACUGAAUGCUAUGAAAUCGCAAUAAGGGAGUACGAUAUGCUGGCGUCUGAGCUGCAAGCGGGGAAUGUCUUGUGCAAUGUUGAGGUCCCCUUUAGGAAUGACACAGUCGAGAUCGAUGAUUCGGAUGAGGAGGACCAGGAGGCGCGAGUGUCCCCUCUAGACGACGAGAGUUUGAAGUUUUUCGAGGAGAAUCUAGAGAGGGUCUUAAGCGAGACCAUGGCAAAGUUGAAUGUUGUCUCUCAUGCGGAAAAAGAGGUUGAUUUUCUCAAAGAGAAAAAUAACCGGAUUAAUGGCGAGUUGAGUGAGUUACAAGCCAUGAUUAAAGACACUAGAAACUCCUUAGAUAGCAUUCAGUUUAAUUUAUACAAAGAGUGUAGACCUGAAACGGUCGAAAAAUGCGUCAUUUCGAUCGUUGACGAUCACUACACAUCAGGGGGGCCCAUUGUGCGCACAGAGUCCGUCUUGCCCUCCAUCACCCGCAAAAGCCAGCGCACCGCCACCAAACUCGUCUCGUAUGCCGAAGUGGACAGCCCCGUCGACAGCCCCAAGCCCGACGACGUCCCCAUUGUCGGCAACCCUGAGCCCCUCGUCGUGCGAAUCGAUGAAAUUUACUACAUCUCGCGAGAAAAUUCCUCCGGUUGUUGGAUUAAAGCCCGUCUCAAACGUGUCCUAUACCCGGGAACGGUCUACAACGACCAACCGUGCACCACCACCCUGUAUAAAAUGUUAGAGUUGAAACAGCAUAAAGAACGAGUAGUUGAUGGGAAAAGUAUCGCAUCAAUGAAACAUUCAACGAUCAGAUUGGAAACGGGGACGAGGGUUAUCGCAGUUUUCAAAGAGAUAGGGCCUACAGGAGAACCGAGAAGGAUGAGACAUGAACCCUAUUAUCCCGGAAUAGUGGCUGAGCCCCCAGUGGCGCAGAACAAGUACCGAUAUUUGAUCUUUUUCGACAUUGGCUAUUCGCAAUACGUGAAUUAUACAAAUGUUCAUGUUGUGUUCGAAGCUAGUAAGAAUGUGUGGGAGGACAUGCAUGUGAAUUCGAGGUCGUUUAUUAAAAAGUACUUGGAGAGUGCCGAUAGACCGAUGGUUAAGUUGUCCACAGGACAAACCGUCAGAGUGGAGUACAAUGGAAAAUGGGUUUUGUGUAAGAUUAUGAGCGUCGAUUGUUCACUCGUUUUGGUCUUGUUCGAAUCCUUGGGUCGCAUGGAGUGGAUCUACAGAGGGUCCACUAGAUUAAGUCCAAUGUUUAAAGAAGAACAAAAUGCGACGAAACGACAUACAGGUGGACGGACAUCAAAUAGGAAGCAAAGUCCGAGCGAAUCGGCUACUAUCGUCCAGUACACGAAAAACGCCGACUUCGAGAAACCCGCCGAAAACAACCGAACCGUCCGAGCCGUGGCUCGGAAAAGCACCGCUCGACCCGAAAACACCUCCACUGGGGGCUUCGUCCCCUUCUUACCCCAAGUCAACAACCCCGUCUCCAGCGAACCGACCAGCAAAAUUAUGUAUUUCACACCACGUGACCAAGUCAUUACGCAACGCCUUUACCGCGCCCAUAUUUGCUCCCCGGCUUGCAAAGACUACGUUAGACAUAGUCUCGGCAAGUUACGGGGGCACAACCCCCUUUCUAAACCGCUGUUGUGCGGGUGGGCCCGAAUGACGUUAAAAGUGAAAGGGAGAAAAGAAAUUGUGUAUAAAGCACCGUGUAGUCAAAUUUUGCGCAAUAUGGAGGAAGUACAUCACUAUUUACGCAUAACUAAGAGUGAAAUGACGGUUGAUUUGUUCGAUUUUAAUCAUAUGGUUCGGUGUUUGGCCGAAUUUUGCGUAGAAUGUAAUCCAGAUCCAAAAGAUUUGUCGAAAGGCCUGGAACAAGUUGCGAUUCCGGUGAUUAACGGAAUUAAUAAUGAAAUGCUCGACUUUUGCAAUUAUGCGACUAAACGUGUUCCCAUGGAGGAUGUUCCCUUGAACACAGAUCCGGAGUUUUUGAUUGGAUGCGACUGUACUGACGAUUGUUCCGAUAAAAUGAAAUGCGCGUGUUGGCAAUUGACGUUAGAGGGCGCCAAAUACAUGGGAAAGAACGUCGAUCCGAAUACGAUCGGUUAUGUUUAUCGUCGGUUACACGAACAAGUUUUAACCGGAAUCUACGAGUGCAACUCGAGGUGUAAAUGCGCUUCGACUUGUCUGAAUCGAGUGGUUCAAAAUCCGAUGUCGAUCAAAUUGCAAGUUUUUCGGACGCAUAAUAGGGGUUGGGGGAUAAGGUGUGUCAACGAUGUCCCCCAGGGCACUUUUAUAUGCAUCUAUGCGGGAACCAUACAUACUGAACAAAUGGCCAAUGAGGAUGGAGUCACUUACGGUGAUGAGUACUUCGCCGAGUUGGACUACAUCGAAAAUUGCGAGAAACACAAAGAGGAUUAUGAGAGUGAUGUCAACGAACCGGAGAGCCCCCGAAGCCGUUCCGUGACUCCCGACGACGAAGAAGAAGAGAAGAAACCGGACGGGAGGCGGCGACGUUGGCAGAAGCAUCCUCAAGAUAAUGAUUUUACUCCCAGUUAUCCACUCGUGAGUGGGGAUUUCGAGAAUUCGAUGAGGUUGAGAAGGAGGAGGGAGGAGGAGCCGAAAAUCGAGGAGAGAUUUGUUAAAAAAGAAGAAAAAAUUGAGAACGUCAUGAGUGAAAUCGAAACCGUUACGAUUUCAGACGAUGAGGAUGAUCCGAAGGAAGUUUUGAGCUUUAAUCCAAAAUCGGGGUCCGAUUUGGACGAUAAUAAACCUAGUCAGGUGUCAGUCCGAAGUUUCUUUGGAGAGGAAGAACCCUACAUUAUGGAUACAAAAAAUGCCGGAAAUAUUGGCCGAUUUUUAAAUCACUCGUGUUCACCCAAUGUUUUCGUACAGAAUGUGUUUGUGGAUACUCACGACUUGAGGUUCCCUUGGGUUGCUUUCUUCUGUUCACAGUUUAUCAGAGCCGGGACUGAAUUAACAUGGAAUUAUAAUUACGAUAUAGGAAGUGUUCCAGGACGAGUCUUGUACUGCCACUGCGGUUCUUUGGAAUGUAAAGGAAGAUUAUUGUAGGUUAUAAGAAUAAAAAGUUGAAUCUGUUUUUAAAUAAUUUUAUAAUAAUACAUCAAUUUCUUUAAAUC